CAGCACAACGUUUUCUCCAGACAGCUGAGCUCUCCAAGCAGUAUGGGGGCAAUUAUCAGAGCCGUAGUGCUUUGUCUGGCACUUAGUAUAGUAGCUAAUGCAGACGAUGUAACUCAGAAUAGUACAAACACUGUAAUUCCUCCUGAAGAUUCCUCAUCAGACUGGGGCCUUGGAACAGUACGGGAUGGAUUUGAAGCAGUCAAUGGGUAUUUUGAUUCCUUUUUGGAACUCCUUGGUGGAAGAAAUGGAGUUUGUCAAUACAAGUGCCGCUAUGGUAAAGCUCCGCUUCCCCGACCAGACUACAAGCCUCCAGAACCCAAUGGCUGCAGCUCCUAUUUCCUUGGUCUCAAGGUACCAGAGAGUUUGGAUAUGGGCAUCCCAGCUAUGACAAAAUGCUGUAACCAGCUGGAUAUCUGUUAUGACACUUGUGGGGCAAAUAAAUACCGCUGUGAUGCAAAGUUCCGCUGGUGUCUGCACUCCAUCUGCUCUGACUUGAAGAAAAGUCUGGGGUUUGUCUCUAAAGUUGAAGCCUGUGAGUCAGUGGCUGACACGGUAUUUAACACUGUCUGGACCUUGGGAUGUAAACCUUUCAUGAACAGUCAAAGAUCCUCCUGCAUCUGCAAUGAGGAGGAAAAAGAUGAACUGUAAGAACAAUAGAGGCUUCAAGCAAACAUCAUAGAGGAUUGCUGUAGUGCAUAGCUUGGUGGACAAUGUAGGGACCCUACAAUGGUGUGCGAUUAUCUCCUGGCUGAUUUGUAGGUUAAGUUUCAUUAGGCCAUCUGGAUUUUAUAACUGCAAAUGUGAGACCCUGAAAGCCCGUCAUUUCAGGAAUGGAUUUGGGAGUUGCCAUUCUUCUUUCAUGUCCAGACACACAUUUAUCUAAUUUCCUUCAGAGAAAACCUUUAUUUAUUGUGACAUUCAGUGUUUGUUAUCCCAUGGAACUAGACAGAACAACCUUUUGUAUACAACUCGCAGUAACCACUCAGCCAGAGACAUGAUAGUCAACAAUUCCCAUUGGCUGUAAUCAGGUUUAUGGCCUUAGUUAAUUAACAUAAGUAGAGAAGGUCCGGAAUAGAUCACAUUUUGCCAUGAAGAUCAAUUUUAUUUCUUAUAUUGUACAGCAGAAAAGCUCUCUGAAAAGUUGUGUGUGUAUGGCGGUCUGUGGUGUAUACCAGCUAGGGCUUAUGGAAUGGAGAUUUUUCUAUUUUCCUACUAAUUAAAGGGGUACUCCGCUGCCCUUCUUCGGAAGCUCCGUUCCCCAGCAUCCGGAAGUUUCUUGUUCCGAACACUGCGUGAGGGCUUCCGUGUUCAGGGCCGCCCCUCGUGAUA